AUGUUCACUGGAUUGGAUGAAAUCUUUGUGAUACUAGCAAUAGUGGAAUUCAUACUGGGAAUGCUGGGGAAUGUGUUCAUUGGGCUGGUCAACUGCUUGGAAUGGGUAAAGAACCAAAAAGUCUCCUCAGCCGACUUCAUCCUCACCUGCUUGGCUGUCUUCAGAAUCAGUCAGCUGUUGGUGGUACUGUUUGAUUCAUGUAUACUAGCACUAGCUCCGCGUUUAUACAUCACUUAUCGACUAGCAAAAUCUAUUGGUAUACUUUGGAGAAUAAGUAACCACUUGACUACCUGGCUUGCCACCUGCCUAAGCAUUUUCUAUUUCUUUAAGAUAGCCUACUUCCCCAACUCCUUUUUCCUCUGGCUAAGGUGGAGAAUGAAUAGAGUAAUAGUUGUGCUUCUUAUAUUUUCGUUGUUAUUGCUGAUUUUUGAGUAUGGGUUGCUAGAAAUGUUUACUAAUUUGUGGAUUAACAUCUAUAAAAUGGAUCAAAGUAAUCUGACUUUAUAUUUAGAUGAAAGCAAAACUCUCUACAUUGAAAACCUGACUCUUCUUAGCGUGACCUAUUUGAUCCCCUUUGCUCUGUCCCUGACCUCAUUGCUCCUUUUAUUUUUGUCACUGGGGAGACACACUAGAAGCUUGGAGCUCAACUCCAUGGGUUCUAGUCACUCCAGGAUAGAGGCCCAUAAGAGAGCCAUAAAAACGGUGAUGUCUUUCCUCUUCCUCUUCAUAGUUCAUUUUUUCUCCACACAAGUGGCAAAUUGGAUAUUUCCUAUAUUCUGGACCAACAAGUACACAGAGUUUAUUUUAUUAGCAUUAAAUAUCUUUCCCUCAGGCCACUCAUUUAUUCUGAUUCUGGGAAACAGCAAGCUGCGACAGACAGCCUUGAAGGUGCUGUGGCAUUUUAAGAACCAUCUAAAAAGAUCAAAUUCUUAA